UGGGAGCUGCGCUGAUUCUGGAUCGGUCUCGUGAACUAUGUGGAUAAAGUGGUGUAGAGAACGCAGUUUCAUGGCUGCAUUGAGACCAUUGGGACUCCUGGGAUGCAGAAUGUGGGUCCUCUUCACCCUUGUCCACCUCACUAUGGAUCUCUCCAUGUGUGCUCCAGUAGGGACUGGGCUUAGGCUGCUCCCUCGGUCACUGUCUCGCCUACGCCCUCGUCUUCUCACCCGGGAUGUACCCAGUGGUCCGCACUGGAGGACUCUGGGUACCUGGCAGCGUGGUGUCUCACAUCCUGUACCAUUACUCGACUACCGAGGAGGAGGGGGAGGAAGAGAGGGGUUGGGGUCCAAACCACGGCCACAGAGACACAAACGUCGUCUUUGUGAGAACUGCACCUCCAGUUUCCCUGCCUCAGAGGGAGGCGAGUCACUGGAGUUUUUGGAGGGGAGUAAAGCUGACAUUGUGCAGCACUUGUUACGACAACGUAGGCAGUUAAAGUGGGAUAGUUAUGACAGUUAUUCACAGGAAGGAAGGACCACUACAGUGGCAGGAUUUAUCGACUGGGGGCCCACUGGGGCAGAUGAUGGAACGGACGAGGAGCUGAAAGUUAUCCUCAAGACCCCGGCCACUACAAAGGCCACCACCACCACUACUACCACCACUACAACUACCACGACCACACGCAGCCCACAAAGGACUCAUGCGGUGGUCACCACCACCCGUCCAAGGAGGCUGAGUACCACACAGUCUGCUGUUAAUCUUGGCGUGACCGCCAAGCCACAGAAGCCAUCUGGGGAAACACCAGGUUUGGCAGUGCAUCAGAUCAUCACUAUCACUGUUUCCCUCAUUAUGGUCGUCGCAGCCUUGAUAACAACACUAGUCCUUAAAAACUGCUGUGCACAGUCGGGGAAUGGCCGCCACACUAGCCACCAGAGGAAGAUCAACCAGCAGGAAGAGAGCUGCCAGAACCUGACUGAUUUCACACCGGCACGUGUGCCCAGCAAGGUGGACAUCUUUACCGCCUACAAUGAUAGUUUACAGUGCUCUCACGAGUGUGUGCGCACCGCUGUGCCCGUCUACACAGACGAGAUGAUCCAACACACACCGAUUUACAAGACCACCUACAAUGGGAGCAGACCAUCGCCAAGUGAAAGGCAGCUAAUCCCUGUGGCCUUUGUGUCUGAGAAAUGGUUCGAGAUCUCCUGUUGA